AUGCGCGCCUCCAUGGACGCCCCCUCUGCCCGCAGAUCCGCCGCGCCGGACCCGGGCGCCGCCCCCAAGAAGCCGCGCCUCCUCGCGCCCCCGCCAUCCAGGGACCCCAGAUCCUCCUACGCCGCCGCCGCCAACGGUGCCAGAGCCAGCGCGGAUGCGGCGGCGGAGCAGCAGGCGCAGGUGGACGAGCUGGUGGCGCAGUACCGGACGGCGCUCGGGGAGCUCACCUUCAACUCCAAGCCCAUCAUCACCAACCUCACCAUCAUCGCCGGCGAGAACCUCCACGCCACCAGGGCCAUCGCCGCCCUCGUCUGCAACAACAUCCUCGAGGUUCCAAGUGAUCAGAAGCUACCAUCUCUUUAUCUGCUUGACAGUAUAGUCAAGAAUAUUGGAAAAGAUUAUAUUAAACAUUUUUCUGCAAGAUUACCUGAGGUUUUUUGCAAGGCAUAUAAACAGGUUGAUCCUCCUGUACAUUCUAGCAUGAGGCACCUUUUUGGAACAUGGAAAGGAGUGUUUUCUCCAGCUUCACUUCAAAUGAUUGAAAAGGAACUUGGUUUUCAAUCAUCUACUAAUGGAUCUUCAGGUUCUGCAGCAUCAAAGCCUGAUUCUCAAUCCCAGCGCCCAUCCCACAGCAUUCAUGUUAACCCCAAAUAUUUGGAAGCAAGACAACAGCUCCAACAACCAAAUAAGGGGCUACUGGGAGCCGGUGCCAAGACGGCAAUAAUUUCUGAUGACGAUGAUGAUGUCGACAGGGUUAACACAAUAGCUAUUGACAAAGGUGCAGGGAGACGGCUGGAUAAUCUUAACUCUAGACCCCGCGCUCAGAGGGACCCUUUUAGUAAUCCUAUUCAUGAGAAGCCAGAUAGAGAUAUCAGGGGCCUUGGAUUUUCCAGCAUCUCACAACAGCCUGUUGGAGCUGGUCAAGUUCGUUCAAAGUCCAAAGGCCAAGAUGGAAUCGGGGGAUCAUAUUAUACUGGAGGUGUUAGUUCUUCUGAAGAGCAAUUUGACAGACGCAGCAACUUUUAUGCAAAUAAAGAUACUCGGCCUCCAGGAUCUGAUCGUUUUGUCUCUGCACUUCUACCAACUCCUGUUAGUACUUCUGAUAGGACUGGUAGGCUGUCAGCUAACAAAAGCUGGAAGAACUCUGAGGAAGAAGAGUACAUGUGGGAUGAUUUACAUACUCAAGGAGCAGAUUAUGGAGUUGCCAGUUCUGCAAGAAAAGGAGAAUUGAUGGCUGAGGAUGGCAAUAUUUCAAGCUUUCAGAGGGCUAAAUGGUCAGAGCUGGGAGACCAUUUGGACCCUGACUUCCGCAAACAAGAUACCAUCCCUAGAUUUGGACAUGAAACAGGCCAAGAUAGAAGAAUCGCAGCAUAUAUGGAUCGUGAAGAGUACCUUCACAGCAAGCGUGAGUUGGAACCAAGAAUAGAUAGGGAAAUGUGGCCUGAAGGACAACAGUUUCCAGAUUCUCGUGUUUCCUCUCUCUGGUCAUCCCAGGAGAAAACUCGCCCAGACAUUGCGCGGGAUCCCAGGAUAUCAAGAUUUUCCAACCAGUCAGCAAGCAUCACUUCAUCUGUACCUGUAGGAUUAUCAGGAGCCUAUGCUGGACGGUCAAGCCUGGAAAGUGCAACUAGUGGUCCUACAACUUUUGGGCAACAAAAACAUAAACAGUGGUCACCUUCCCCGCCACCUGUCCAGGCACCUUCAUCUACUGCAUCAUUUGCGCGCCAGAGCUCCCCAAGCUCUGUGGAGCAUGAUAUGUAUGCUUCCAGAUCAUCUUUCCUAUUGAGCCAAAAUCCCCUGGAGGAACAUAACCAAAGAGCUCAUGCCUUGUCUCAAGGUGCUACGCACUCUCAGGGCCGGCCUAAUCUUCAAGCAACACCACCACAUACUUCCUCGCAGACUCAAAAGCACCCUUCUGUUCUGUCAAAGCCACAUCUCAAGCCACCUAACAAUCUCUUUCCGCAAGACAGUUCAUCAUCAUCGCUGUUUAGGCCUUCUAUCCAUCUGCCACCUGAAGAAGUUCCCUUGCCCAGUGACCCAGCACAUGUAAACUCGGAUCAGGUAAGUGCUAGUAACUUGUUGGCUGGUCUUCUAAAGAGUGGAUUCAAACCGAACACAGGUGAUCAUGCUAGCUCGAGGGCACAACCUCCUCUUCCAUUUGUCAUGCCAUGUCUUCCGGCUGCUUCAGCCAGUGAAAAUGCUACUUUGAAGCCUCAUGUCCCAAACUCUGUUCGCCCACCUUUGCCACCAGGCCCGCCACCAACGCAGAAAGCUGAUAAUCCUGCACCGCUCUCAAGUCUUCUCAGUAGUCUGGUUGCAAAGGGGCUAAUUUCUUCACCGUCCACUGAUUCGUCUGCUGCGUUGCCAGGAAAGCCCAGCAAAUCAAGUCCGAGCACAUCUGGUGUCAGUGCUUCACCUCCACCUUUGCAGAUUGUCCAGCCUUCAGUUGGCAAGGAGAAAUCUGCCCCAAAAAGACUUUGUUGCCCCAACCUGUUGAAAUCAAGACGGCUGACCUUAUCGGUCUUGAGUUCAUGCCAGCACUGCUUCGUGAGUUCCAUACGCAUGUGGUUGACAGCCUCUUUGAUGACCAAUGCCAUCAAUGUAAAACAUGUGGUCUAAGAUUCAGACUUGAAGAGGAUCUCAGUGAACAUGCUGCCAGCCACGAAUCAGGCUCUUCCGAGCCUAGAAACAGUGGCAUCGCACCUGAAAGAUGGUACCCUAACAAGAAGCGCUGGAUUGAUAGAUCACCUGAACCGCAGGACAUCUUCCUGGACUCUGAUACAGAGUUGUGCUCUG